UUGUCGCGAUGGAAAGAGCGAUGUUUAUCGUGUCUGAUUUUUCUCGAAAUGAUUUCCUUUUCAUAUUAUUCUAGAUUAAUAAAUAGUUUAGGAUAAUCUAUUUACUUGAAUUAAUGGACAGCAUUUGCUUUAUUUGUCUUUGAUUUCCAACAAAAAUUUAUUAAUUGUUCAUGUAACUCGAAACGUUAGUUAGAACUAAAUUUGUCUCGUGGAAUAUCACGUGACAUAUGUGUUGUGUAUGUUUCAAUCUCUUCAGGAGGUUUUAAUGAUGGCGGCUGCAUGCACGUCGCUUGGAACCCUAAGAAUAUUUUAGAUUUUAAAUAUAGGAUGAAGAUGUAUAAAAUAAAAAAAACUAUGAAAUUAGUUUUUAUUAAGACCAUCAAUUUACUAUUUCAUCAUUGGUAUAGUUUCAGUCUUUAAAGUAUUAGUUAUGGCUUCAACAGCUAAGCGGCGGACUAAAGGGAGCAAGGCUUCUGAUGGAAAGAGGAAAAAGAAGCCAAAUGGAAGUGAAGAAGAUUCACCUGCAUUUCUAUCAUCUAAUUAUGAUGAGCUACCAACUUCCAAAAUUUAUAACAGCCGUUUCAAUUCAUUACCACUAGCUGAAGUGGGCAAAUUGAAAGAUGGAUUCAUUAAACCUGAAAGAUCCGUUGAGGGAGAAAAGUCUCAGCAGCAGGAAUCUCGAGUUACUCAGUUAUUUCGCAAAGAUCUUAUAAGUGCAAUGAAGCUGCCAGACAAUGAGCCUUUGGCACCUGAUGAUUAUAUUGAAAUUACAGACUCUUGGAAAUUGGAAUGGGAGAAAGGAGUGCAGGUGCCUGUGAAGCCAAAAUCUUUACCUCAACCAAAUGUUCAUGAAAUAAGGAAAAGAAAUAGGAUGUCUUCUUUUAAGCUCCCUAAAAAGCUCAUUCGUUUUACUCGUGAUCGUUUUUUCAAUCCGGAUCAUCAUGUCAUGAGCUAUACGAAUACGCUUGCUGAAAGAACUUGUCGGUAUGAUAUGGAGGAUGUUGACUAUCACUGGUUAAUGAGUGUAAAUCAGCAAAGAGAAGAUUAUGGUCUUCAACCCAUUGAAGAAUCAUUUUUUGAGCAAAUUUUUGAAGAAUUUGAAGAUCAGUCUUUUGAAAAUUUUCAAGAAGCAAUAAAAAGUGAAGAAGGCUUAGGUAUAGAAUAUGAUGAAGAUGCUAUUUGUGAUGUUUGCCGUUCUCCGGAUUCACAUGAAGGGAAUGAAAUGGUAUUUUGCGAUUCCUGUAAUAUAUGUGUGCACCAAAUAUGCUAUGGUAUUACCAAGAUACCUGAAGGAAGCUGGAUUUGUCGUACAUGUGCUCUUGGAAUUAGACCAGCAUGCGUAUUGUGUCCUAACAGAGGAGGAGCAAUGAAAACUACAAGGUGUGGUCAAAAAUGGGCUCACGUUGGAUGUGCAGUUUGGAUUCCAGAAGUUUCAUUUCUCAAUUUUGUUAAAAUGGAACCAAUCAUUAAAAUAUCUCAAAUACCAGCUUUUAGAUGGGCUCUUGUAUGUUCUUUGUGCAAAGAAAAGACUGGGGCUUGUAUUACUUGUAGUGAGAAAGGAUGCAAAGCUGCUUUUCAUGUCACAUGUGCAUUUAAUGAAGGCUUACAAAUGAGAGCUACUGUCAAAAACACAGACUCUGAUGAUGACUCUCUUGCAGCAUUUUGUAAAAAGCACAGUAAGAAAAAAUGCAUUAUGGAUUCUGAUGAUGAGACUUCUGUUUCUCGUAAUGAAAAAGAAACAUUGACCAGUGAAGAAAGAGCUAAUCUCCGACAACAAAAAAUAAAAGAAAAGGAAGCUGAGUUUUACAAUUAUGUUAGUAUUGAUGAAGUUUCUGACUUGUAUCAAGCUGACAGGCAUGAUAUUGAAACUAUUUAUUACUAUUGGAAAUUGAAGAGAGCGGUCAAUAAUUUUAACCGACCAUUCUUAACUCCCAAAAUUGAUACUGAAGAAAAUGCUUGUACUGAAGAAAGCUCUCCAUUUUUAAUGCUGAAAAAAUUAGUCCAUCAACGGCAAGAUUUAGAGCGAGCAAGAAAUCUAUGCUAUAUGGUUAUAAAGAGAGAAAAGCAUGCAAAACGAUGGAUAGCAGCAAAGGAACAAAUUUUUCUUAAGCAGCUAGAAAUCUUAAGAAAAGAAGGCAAGAAGUUGACUGUAGAGCAGCGAUUAGCAGUAUUAAGUGCAAAUGAUGGAGAUAUUGCACAUGACAAAAAAUAUGCAUUUCUUAAUGCACCUUCACCAAACAUGGUUAGUGUGCUUACUAAUCUUGCUGGUGAGGUUGUAAAGCCAACAUUUAAUGGUAUGAAUAAAAAUCAAUCACCAAAAAAGAUUGACCGAAAGAAAUCUGAGAAAAGUCCUAAUCCCUAUGCAAAGCAUUACCUGAAUGGUUUAGUAAAACGAUCUGAAAGGUGGUUACCUCUUGCAAGUAAACAAAAGAAAUUAAAACCUCAAAACAGUAAAUUAUCUCAUGAUAAAUCAAAUCAGAAUUUAAGCUACCAAUGUGUGACUAGUAAAAAUGAGGCUCAGUUGGAUACUAGUUCUUUUCUUUCUCCUAAAAGUGAUACUAGAGAUUUUAAUGUUUCUGGUGAUACAUGCUCAAGUUUUAAUGAAUUGGAAUCUGUUAAAAAUAAUUUACUUUUCAUCAAUAACACCAAAGAUAGCAUUUGUACACCUCUUCCAACUGAAUCAUCUAAUGAUACUGAAUCUUCAUCUUUUGCGAAUCACUUACUCGGGGAACAAAAAAACCUUCAUUCAUUAGAUGCAGAUAUGUGGCAUUCGGAAUCUGAAUAUAAUAUCGAGCUAGCUGCAAAUGAUGAAAUUGCAAAUCCUGGAGAAAUUGAUUUAGCAGCUAAUAUAAAAAUUGAAGACAUUUAUGAUUGUGAAAAUGCUUAUUACGAUAGUAAUAGCAAAUUAGCUACAGAAUCUCAGCUUGAUAAAAAUACUGUUAGUUUUUCUUGUAAGAAGAAGUCAAAAGCUUGCAGAUCAAAAUCAAAGCAUAAAAGCUUUUCCAGUAGGAAACGAAAAUCUAAUGCCAAUACAUCAAGAAAUAAUCCUGCUGAGAAUGAGGAACCCGUUAAUAAGAAGUAUAAAAGUGAAAUACCCGACUGUAAAAAUACUGUAAUUACCAAAAGUCUUUCAAAUGAACAUGUUUUAAAAAUAUCUGAAGAGAGUGAAGUUGAUGAUGAUAGAAGUGAAUCUGAUUCUACAUCUGUGCCUAAUGAAAGCCAUUUUGUUAUCAGUGACAAUGAGCUUAGAGCUGAAAAUAAAGUUUCUAUAUCUGAUGUAAAGUGUGCUAAUGUUAUUUUAUCUUCUAAAAGCAAAGUUGAUGAUCCUGAAAAAGAAAAACCAACUAGCAAGGAAGACUUAGACUCUGUUGAUAAAUUAGUUGAUGUAGAAAACGUUUUAGUUAAAUCUUGUUUAAAAGUUCAGUGGGACAGGAAUCUUCAGCUACAGAUGGAGCAAAAUAAAAUUAAAUUACCUCAGCCUUAUGUUGUUUUAAAAUCGGAAGAUAUUGUAAAUUGUGUGAAAACUAAAAACAGUGUUUCCAACAACAAAAACAGUUUUGACAGAGCAUGUGAUGAUAAGUCUUUGAAGCGAGCAAUUACUUCAAAUACUGACAGAACUCAAGAUUGUGAUAAAUCUGAACUUAAAUUUCGUCCAAUUUGCAAUAAAAAUUCUCCAGUACGAACUCAGUCUCCUACAACUGUAAAGUUUGCUGAAAAUGAGACAUCAAGAUUAAAUAAAUCAAGCCCAAGGCACAAUUCUCAAGAUAAAGUUAGUAUACCUGUAAAAUCUUCUGUAUCCAAAACAAAACAUUUGAAUAAUUCUGCAGCUGCCACAGCAUCUUCAUUACCUGUGAAUAAACGCCCAUCAUCUCCAUUGACUAAGUGCCAGGAAAAAACUGCAUCUCCUUCAGUCAAUUCUGAUUUGAAGGAUUCUUCCAUUCCCAAAGAUAAAUCGGUGGAUGCUCCUUUGUCAAGGAGUGUGUUGCUUCGUGGCUACAAAAUACCAAAAAAGACUCGAUCUGGCAAACCUGAAGAGAACAGUUUGGACUCAAAAAGAGGAAGUUCACCUCUUUCUCCUUUGCCUGAUAUCACUCCAUCUGGAGGUAGCAGUUAUCACUCAAAUGCUAAGUCUUCGUGGAGGAAACUAGAAUCUAGAUCAGAAAAAAUGGCAUCCAACAAAUCAUGGACCACAUCCAAUGGAGACGGUCAACAGUCAGAAAGACUAGUUCUUCAGGUGAAGAAAGAGGUUGUUUAUGAUCCAGAUUCACCAAGGUGGCAGACAGAACCAAGUUCUUUCAAUACUGGUGGAGAGAUGCCAGGGUGGGCACCACUUCUUCCUCCUUUUGAACCUUUGUUACCACCACCACUUCCUCCUUUUGAACCUGUUCGAUGGCCUCUAAUGAGGAACCAGAGUGGAUUUCCACCAGUACCGAUGAAUUACAGGCCAGGACCUUACAAGACAUGACAAAAGUGAAAUACUUAGCUGCUGUUUUGUGAUAAUCACUUAAGCAUUUUUAGUAGAGAAAAAAUAUGCACAACUGAUCAUUUUCACUUCAUCUAUUCUCAAUCCAUAUCUGUUCAUGACAAAAUAUAAAAUACAGAAUUUGGCAUUUAUGAAAAGUCUACUGUAAAAGUGAACAAUAUUAUGCAUUGGUAGAAAACAAAAUCAGAAUAAUGAGUUACAUUUUUGUUAAUUAUCUAUUUGCUUAUAGGUAUUUUAAUAAGAUAAGUUUUAACUUUUUUAAUUGGCAUUUUUAAUAUAUUCAUAAAUGGGCAAACCCAUUUUCCAAGUAUUAAGAUAAAUAUAUAUAUUGACCCAAUGUUCCGUAAAUAUUUUAUAUAAGACCUGCCAUUUUCUUUGAUCAGUGAAUAAUUUGGAUUUCUAAAUUAUUAGAAGAACAUAUGAAUUGUUUAUUAGAACAACCAUUUACAAAACAAAAUAAAGAACAAUUUUUAUAUCCCUGUUAGCUAAAAUCCCUGGUCUCUUGAGUUGAAGAGAGAUGGGUUUGUGAAUGUUGUAUAAAUUUCAGUUUUUAUCAGAUGUAAAAAAAAUUUGAUAACUGUGUUAUUUAACUAGUCAGAAGUUAAUACUUGACAGUGCAAUUGGAAAAUCCAGUAUCUCUUGUGACACACCAUCUGGUGAUUGAUGGAUAAUUUAUUUUAUUGGUUUUGAUGAGUCUUGCUUGAUGGGUACAUAUACUUAUGUGAUAAGAAUUGGAGUCUAGUUAACAUUUCCUAAGUGCUGACAUUAAUAUUCAAUAGGGUAUUUUAAUCUAAAAAAUACUUUUGUACCUCAUUUAUUCAACAUAUUUAGUGCCUAAUUACUUGCAAUUUCAUUGAUAUUCUUCCCCUUUAGUGGUAUUAAAAAUACUGUCUUAUUUACCUCACUUUGUGAUUGUACAGCAAAAAUCAUUGUUAUGCAUUUAUAAAUUAUAUUUAUUUAAUAAAAUAGAAUUAUUAAACCAUUUGAAUUUCCUUUUGGUAUACUGAAUUUUUUCAAUACAGACAGAUGCAUGUGAUUCUAACUUUAUUCUUCAUUUGCUUAAAUUAAUCUUAUGAUCUAAUUAAACGAAUAAAUUUUACAUUUUGUGGAAGUAGUCCGAGCAGAAUUGUUGCUUCUUUUUGAAAUUUUAAAUAAAAGGGGGAAGAUUUAAAAUUUCUCUUUCCUGUCAUUUCUCUUGAAAUCUAUUCCAAAUUGAUAACCAUAAAUUUCUAUUAUUUGUUUUCAAUUAAUAUUUUCAAAGCAGAAUAUACAUUUAAAAAAAUCAUAGUUUUUGAUUGAGUAUUUCUUCUUAAUAUUUAGAUUUUGAUUCCCAGUAAGCACAAGCUAAAAAGGUUUUAUGCUUAAAUUUGUUUUCAGCAAUGUUUUUCAAAAUUUAUGUAAAAAUAGUUCAUCAGUACAUUUUG